AUGCUCGAGAGCCUGGUGUGCCUGGCAUGCGUCCUGGGAGUCAGCUCCAAGCCGCGGCAGCCGAAGGCGAGCUACGUGAAGGUGCCGCAGGUCCCGGAGCCCCCGAGCUGUGGCCUUGCUGAGCUCCUCACGAAGCCCACCUUGUCCUGGCCUUUUGAAACGACGGAUGUUGCAGAAGCCCAGUUUGUCGGCCUGGCAGCGACGGUGGUGCGGGAAGCAGCUCACGGGGCUUGGGCAUACGUGGACGCCAACCAAGAUGGCCAUUUGGGCAUCGAGGAACUCUCGAAAGCUGUCAGCGAAUCCUGGGUGACCUCCAAGGCUUCGAAGCGCUUUCAGCCAAAAGCAGGCUCCUGGCCUUUCCUCUAUGCCUUGGCAGAGGAGUUUGGAACCAAGGAUCUCUCGAGGUCGGCCAGGCUGGAUGUCUCUGCCAUGGAGGAGCUGGUCGACAAGCUGCUGAGGUCUGUCAAGUUCUUGGACGAGCGAAGAGCUUUGUUUGAUGAAGUUGCGGGCGAUGGCGUCGGAGAUGAGGAGGGUACCUUCUCGAGGCCCCUGUGGGAGGCUUGGCGUUCGGCACAUCAAAACGAGAGUUCUGCAUGGGCGGCAUGUGUUGAGGCACAUCAUCAUGAUAUUAAUACUGUUAACAUUGCUGAUGGUCUAGGAGUCGAGAACUGA